AUGGCUGAAAACGAAAAGGACUGGGAUUUAUGGGCAAUUGUGAGAAGUUGCAGCAAGAUGAACAACUCUGUUAGUGCUCUUGUCGAUCACGGUGUUCAUGAGGAUGGCAACUCUGCUCUUGUUGAUCACAGUGUUCAUGGCGAUGGCAACUCUGUUAACACAAUUCUUUUCCAACAAGAAAGAAAUUGUGUUGGUGAUUUUACAGACGCAUUCGCCAUGGAAAACAAGCGUUACUUUGGGUUAGAUGAAGUUGUCAGUCUUGCCAAGAACCUGAAUACCAAUUCAAGAAUUCAAUCCCGUAACCAAGAAAACCAAACUGAAACUAUUCCAAACACCCCACUGAUGGUUGUAGAACAUGAGGAGAAGAAGAAGGCGAGAUACUCGAUGCUAAGUUCAAGUACUGAGUCGGGCAACAUGUUUAUUUACCACAGAAAGAUAAAUAUAAGACAUGAAAUAUUGGCUGAGGAAUUGAGUAAGGCGGAUCAUGGGAAAUGGACAAAGUGUACGACGAAUCCAGCUGGAAAGAUCUACUAUUCAUGCAGUGAAGUAGAAAAUUGUCCAGCAAAGAGACAUGUUGAGAAAAGCUCAAAAGACUCAACCAAGGUGAUCGUAACUUACAGAGGCCAACACAAUCACCCUCCUCCUAAACAACACAUUCCAAACACCCCACUGCUGAUUGUAGAAAAUGAGGAGGAGGAGGAGAAGAAGGCGAGAUACUUGAUGCAAAGUUCAAGUACUGAGUCAGGCAACAUGUUUAUUUACCGUGGAAAGAUACAUGAAAGACAUGAAAUAUUGGCUGAGGAAUUGAGUAAGGCGGAUCAUGGGAGAUGGAGAAAGUAUACGACGAGUCCAACUGGAAAGAGCUACUAUUCGUGUACUGAAGUUAAAAAUUGUCCAGCAAAGAGACAUGUUGAGAAAAGCUCAAAAGACCCAACCAAGGUGAUCGUAACUUACAGAGGCCAACACAAUCACCCUCCUCCUUAA